AUCUUGAACCUGACGGUCGCGGGCGCUUGUUUAGGACCAUCACAGCUUGGACGACAUCGGCCUCGCAGGACGUCGGGCGCGAUGUCCAGCGCCCUCAACUCGAUGCCCGACCUGUCCAUCGCGCAGUCGGUCGGGAACCCCGAGUUUUCCCUCGGGUCCAUAUCCUCCGGCUUCUCGACGCCGGCAAGGAAGACGAACCGGCGCGUGCCAUCGACUACUUCAGCCACUACGGCACCUUCGUCUGCACCGGUGUCCACACCAUCUCCGCCACCAACGAACAGGCGAAAGGAACCGGCGAUGUCGCUGUCUCGGCGGCUGAGCGCAUUGAACGAUCACGACGAUGAUAUUAUGGAGGAGGAGGAUGUACUCGGUACGCCGGGAGCGAAGAAGAAGGGGAAUGAUGAGCCCGAGACGCCCAUGCCCGCACGGUCGGCGAAACGAGCAGGGAGGGCGAGCAAAGGUGCACCGUUGACGCUGCGAGAUCAAGAGAAGCAUAUAGACUCGCUGAAGAAGGAGAAUUUCAACGUCAAGUUACGCGUUCACUUCCUUGAGGAGCGUCUCGCGCAACUCGCGCCAGACCAGAUGGACCAGGCCCUCAAGCAGAACAUCAACCUCAAGAUCGAAGUACAAAACCGCGGCUUGGAGAUCAAGAAGUUGAAGAAGCUCGUCCUCGAGCUCGAACGCGAACUCGAGCGCCUUCAAAAGGGUCACGGCUCCUCUCGAUCCCGAGAACGCGAGCUGGAGGAGAAGCUCGACGAGCGCGACCGCGAGAUCAAGGAGCUCCGGCGGAAGCUACGCGAGGGGCGCAGCGACAACGACGCGAUGCGCGAGUUGGAGAACCGCAAUGAAGAGCUCGAGGCGGAGCUGGGCGAUAUGCGCAGCCUGCUCGAGGACAACGUCGAGGAGAUCAAUCGGCUGCGUGUUUUGCUCGAGGGUGGCGGCAACGAAGAUAUCCAUCACAAGCGCGAGGAUCUGCUCGACGAGAUUGAGCGGCUCCGCCUGCAGCUUGAAGACAUCCAACGCCGCCGCGAAGCCGAGUCGUACGAACGCUCGCAAAGUCGCGCUCAGGUCAUCGAAGAGCGUGAGGAGCGCGAAGCGGUGGAGGACAAUUUGAGCGCCAUGAAGGACAAGCUCGCUGCCGUCAUGAUCGAACUGCAGCAGAAGGAGGACGAGCUGGAGCUGAAGGACCGCGAGAUGAUGGAGAUUGAGGCGGACUACAAGCGUCAACUCGAAGACCAGAACGACGAGUGGCGAGAGGAGAUGGAAGAAGCAAAGGGCCAGGUUGAGGAGCUUCGUGACGUCCUCAACGAGCGCGAGUCCGAGUGCCGUGAUCUGCGCCUGAGUCUCACCGAGCUGGAGAACAACACGAACGACCUGCACAACAAGUUUGAGAUCACCUUCGCGCAUCAGGAAGAGCAAUUGCAGCAGAAGGAGAAGGAGCUGCAGUCCCUCCAAGCCGCAUUCGACGAUCUCAGUGACAAGGUUUACCAGCUUGAGGAUGAGAAUGACAGGCUGCGAGAGGAUGCCGAGCGCCAGCACGAGGAGGAUGCGGUCGAUCGCGAGCGGUUAGAGGCGGUCUGCGCAGGCUUGAAAGAGAAAAUUGCUCAUCUCAAGGAUGAACUGCAAGACAUGACUGACGCGUGCGACGCUGCGACCCAGCAAGCCCAUGAUCACCGCGCUCAGCAGGAGGAGCUUGCGCGUCACAUCGAGGACCUUGUGGCGGAGCUGCAGAAGGAGCGCGCUGCUCAUCAGGAAGCGCUCAAUGCCCUCGACAGGGCAGAGGCGGACCACGAAAGCGCCAUGCGGCGCGAGCACCGCGCUCUCGAGAGCAAGGAGAGCUUGCUCAAUAAGACGAACGCCGACCUCGCUCGCGCGGAAUCGCUCCUCUCGCAGCGUGAAGCAGAUCUGGAGGCUGUCCAGCAAGCCUUGCAGACCCUCGAAGCCGAGUCCAAGCGUUUGGGCGAGUCGCACACCACCGCCCGCUUCUCCCUCCAGCUCGAAGUCGACCGUCUCAAGCGCGACCUCGAGCGCCUCGAAGACGAGCUCUCGCGUGCGCGCAAGGAGCUCGCUGAGAAGGAAGCCCGCUCCUUCGACCACAACUCGGUGCUCGACAAGCUACACGCCGAGAACCGCGACCUCGCGAGCCAGCUCGCGGCGCAGACGCAAGCGAAGCUAAACACGACGGAGAAGCUUGACGUCGCGCAGGCGUCGUUGAAGGCGAAGGAGGACGAGUUGGUGGAGCUGAGGAAGCGUGUGCUGGAGCUGGAGACGCGGUUGAGCAAGGAGCAGAGGCAGCUGCUGGCCGGGGAGGCACAGUAUAGGGAUCAGUUGACGGAGCGGAAUACGCUGCUGUUGACGAUUUACCAGUAUAUGGACAAGAUACUUGGCGUCGAUAAGACACCGAAGAAGGGCGGACAGGCCGAGACGAAACCUUUCACCAACUUCGGCGUCUUCCACGACAACCUGAUCACUCGUCUUAAGCAGCUCAGCCAGAUCCAUGUCGACUUCGAGAAGCGCGCGAAGGAGGCGGAGAACCGCUUUGCGGACAAGCUUACCGAGAUGCGCAAGCAGCUUGACAACCGCUGGAAGCAGAUCGACAAGUUCGAGGCGAGCGUGAAGGUUGCGGCGGAGAGCAAGGCGACAUGGAGGCGGAAGAUGAUGUCGAAGGAGGGCGAGAUCGAGGCGUUGAAGUCCACGAAUGCCGAGAUGGCAGCCCAGCUGGCAAGUGGGAGAAAGCCUGGAACGGCUGAUCCCAUGGAGCUUCGCUCUGCACUAACGCGCGCUGCAAAUGCCGAGCGUCGCCAGAACAAUACGGCCAAUCAGCUUGCUGCAACGGAGGAGCGAUUCCACCAGUACCAACAGCGGUCAGUUGCGGCUGAUAUGAAGUGGGAAGCACGCGUGAAAGAGUACGAGACUCGCCUCAAGGCGGCGGAGGAGAGGUACAAGCGCGAGAAGCAGGGCGCGAAGGACCGCCAGGCAGAGAUGGAGCGGACCAUCGCACUCUUGACUCGCCAAGUCGAGGAGACCCGCAAACGAAAUCAACAUGUGGGCGAAAUUGUGGAGGCAAACAAGGUCACCAGCAACUCUCCUGGGCGAUGAGUCUGUGCCUUCCCCGUUGUGUCUUUUCCCUCCGUUACCCGGUUCACUCUCUAUACCCCGCUCCCACUACGCUCUAUGGUCAUGCUGCUGCAUGCUGUCGCUCUCUUUGCUUUUGACCGCACGGCUAGGCGUGCGCUAUGGAUCGCUAUGCUGUGUAUUGUAAAUCGCACUGUAUCUUUAUCUUGUGUUACAUCUAAUCCUAAUGCCUCACGCUACGCUCACGAUUCCGUACCGCACGAUGCUACCUCGCUCGCAAAUAGAUGCUCGACUCAGCCUGUCUACUCUUGAACCCUCCAGGACCCCCAAUAGUCA